CAGUACGGCUCACAUUACCUGGCAAGUGCAACAUGCGGAAAUUUUACUUCUUCGCAUUACUUUAUUUAUGUUUUUUUUGUCAUUUAGCAGCAUCUGCAGACACAACUGACACUGAGGAUGAUACUCCAUAUUGCCUACAUUUUACUUGGCUUGGCCCGUUGUAUGACAAGACCAGCACUGUCAAUAUUUCUUGCGACGAUUAUACCGGUACACCAUGCAUCGAACCACUGAUUGUUACGAAUGAUGGUAGUGAACCAAAUGUAACAUACAUGUGGGCAAAUUAUAAUCGCUCAAUAAUCGGAUGCCCGUUAAGGUCUGGCUACAGUUGCAUAAAAUAUACUUAUGUGUAUGAUAAUGCAGUGAUAAAUGCUUCUUACUUUUGUGGUAAAAUGAUCCAGGAUACUACAACUGCUUUGACGUCGGGUUGCUACGAGCAAAAGAUUACCAGCCACACGAUCGGUGCCUGUGCGUGCCGAACUAACGCUGGAGAAGCACCCUGUAACGCAUCUACUACGAAUAUUGCAUCCAUUUGCACUCAGACACUGCUUUUCUUACUGUUACUAAUUUCUUGUUAUGGAAACAUGUUUCAUAGAAUCAUUUCAUGAUUACAUAAAAUCUACCUGAGUUUCAAUAGCGUAUUUAAACUUGUGCUCGUGUACGUUAUGUUAUCGUUAAGAAGCUUAUGCAUUUUUGUACAUUAUUACAUUAAGAUAUAUUUGCCGUCAUAUAUUGAAUUUUAUAUUCUUCCUGUAUAGAUUAUACCUUACACAAUUCGGAAUAGGAUACUGCAUAUUGACAUUGCCAAAUUGAAUGCUGAUUUUCCUGAAUACCGUAAUUAUAAUUAAUUUUAGUUUUAUAAAAAUUGCACAAUUUCUAUUUCAAACGCUUUGCCGCGUUGCCAUAUCACAUGAGAACACUAGACUGCCUAUCGUAAGGCGUAAAGCCGCGGCAAUUUUUUGAUUCAAACUUUACUUCCGAAAACAGGAAUAUCAUACGAAUAAAAUACGCAGCAAUGGAUUUUCAUUCCUUUUAUAUAACAUGAUACAUCUCUGGCUAUACGUUUUAUAAUUUUAAACUUUUACGUGUAAGUUAGCAUAUUUUAGAAAUAAAUGCUCAACAUUCACAUAUGCGAUAUCUGGGAUUCUUUCGUGACCGUGUUCUGGAUAUUCAAUAAUUGUUUCUUUGGUUC